AUGACCAUAUCAACAGUAACAACAGAAGCAUCGACGAAUGAGAAACGUUCAACGAUCAAACUCGAUACGAUUCGUAAUAUUGAACGAGAAAUGCAACGGAAAUGGGCUGAUUUGAAAGUAUUUGAAGCGGAUGCACCAAUCAAUUGCAGUGACAAUUCAAAUAAAUUCUUCGUCACUUUUCCUUAUCCAUACAUGAAUGGUUGUCUACAUUUGGGCCAUACGUUCUCGUUGACGAAAUGCGAAUUUGCCUUAGGUUAUCAACGACUUCGUGGGAAAAANACUGUUCAUUGA